AUGCUGCGCCAACUGAAGCCCCAUGAGCAGAAGCUGCUCAAAAAGGUCAAUCUCUACGACUGGAAGCGUGAGAACAACGUGCGUGAGAUCCAGAUACUCCGGCGCUACCGCAUUCAGAAACGGGAGGACUACACAAAAUACAAUAAGCUGGCGGGAGAGAUCAAGUCCCUGGUAGUUAAGCUGGGUGCCAUGGAUGCUGCCGAUGAGGUGCGCCGGGAGGUAUCCGACCAGCUCACCCGCAAGUGCUUCCACCUCGGCCUCAUCACCUCCGACUCCUCUCUUGCCGCCUGCGCCAAAGUUUCUGCCUCUUCCUUCUGUCGACGACGGCUUCCGGUGGUCAUGGUGCGAUUGAAGAUGUCAGAGAACUUGAAAGAGGCUGUGACGUUCAUCGAACAGGGGCACGUUCGCGUAGGACCCGACGUCGUGACCGAUCCUGCGUUUCUUGUCAACCGGGCAUUCGAGGACUAUGUGACAUGGGUCGACAGCUCCAAGAUCAAGGAGAAGGUCAUGAAGUACAACGACGCGCUCGACGACUUUGACCUUCUGGGCAACUGA